AUGGAGGUCUUUACAUCGAAUUCGUUUAUUCUUCCUCCACGAAGUGAAUAUCCUCCUAUCCACCCCAUUCCUGAAAUCCACCCGACAUUCUUCAUACCGCGCUUAGCCAAGACACCACCAAAUCCUAUCCUCGAUUCUCUCGCUGGGGAAUCUGACAAGCCAAAGCGACUCACUAGUGAUAACACCUUCUCGCAUGAAUCACCAAUUUCCCGUGAGAAUGCUCGAGCUAGUCCUGAUGUUGUACAGCAGCAAGGCGAACAUUCAUGGGAUCGCUCAACUUCACAGGAGCACUCGGCCGCUACCUGUAUCUUGUCAUGGGAUGCUCUUCGUUUACCUUUCAAUACAAUAAAAAAUUCUCCUGGAAUCUUGUCACAACAGACCAGCCAAGCGUUCGCUUCUGUGCGAUACUACAUUCGCCCGCCAUUUCGAGAUCCGAGGGUGCGCCUGCUGUAUGUGGAUGCCGAGGCAUUGUUUCAAUCACUGAAAUCAUUGCUAUUCGGAGUAUCCUCUGCAUUGCAUAUAUGGGAUCCUAGAUUGGAGACAUUCAUACUCAAAGGAAUACCCAGCGGAAUGAAGGGUGUUAUCGUCUUAACCGGGAUAGACGAGGCCAUUAGUUCUAGCUUGCUCGAACGAUUUAUGAAUAUUGGGACACUCAGCCGUCGAUUGGAAAAUACACUCGAUCAAAAAAGCAGGACAGUCCCAGUAUAUCCGAUCAUUCAUUCCUUUAAUCACGCGUUGUCUUCGAUAUUGAUGUACCUCAGACAUUAUAUGACUAAUGUCUGCCUGUCGCCUUUGCAGGAUGCGAGACAUUCUGCAGAACCUCUUGCAAAGCUACUGACUAUAUGGAUGGACUUGAAUGAAGUAGAGGAAGUAUUGCACGAGAUCUUCUCUCUGUGCGGUCAGGCCAGAACGCCGAACUCUACUCCAGGGCUAUUGUCUAGGGUCUACGAGUGCCUGGGAAUCUACUUAGAAAGACGAUCUUCACCACUUGUUGCAGCAAUUCUUGCAUAUAUCCUGACUAUCUGCUCAGAAGACUUCUUUCUCGAGGCGUGCAAAUCAGUUGGAUAUGUAUCAACAAGGCGCUCUGAAACCGGAGCAUCUGCUGUCGGUAUCCUAGAUGGCGAUAAUUUCGCGUCUCCAUUCACUUACAGUGAUCAUCAUAGCGACAUAGACUAUGGUUCAUGCCAAGAUAGCAAGAAUCAGGAAAUCCCUCCCUCGUUCAUGAAACCUGGGCUCGUGGAUGCACUUUCUCGGGCCAGAAGAUCACUUAAGCUCCUUCAGCAGGCAGAUCCCAAUCACGCGUUAUUCCGUGAUGUACACAAUCACCGUACCAUUGGUUGGAUAUGGAGAGAGGAUGAAAUUUCAGCUGCAUGGGCCGAUGGCCUGUCGCGCCCCAAACGCGAAUAUAAAUCCCAAGCUCCUACGGCGCUCAGUUCUGACACGGACUUUGGAGUAUCCAGGGCUUACAUGGAAGCCUUGCAGCAAUUCGCCGUGUUCGAUGGGCUGCCUGGUACACAUAUUCAAUCAACGGCGACGAGCUCAACGAUGACCGCCUCUUCGCAAAUACAUCUAUUUGUCGAAAAUUUCCCUCGUUCAUUACCCGCACUGACUCCGACGCUAUCACAUCUUACAGACCUUGUCUUUUUACCACUGGCUGAACAUGCCGACUCCUUAUCUGGGGCAUUAGUCUCUCUGUUUCUCUCCUCGACACAUUUAAACUUUCGGCUCCACCUCGUUCUCCUACGAUCCUAUCUAUUGCUUACUUCACACUCAUUCAAGGUCCGACUUAGUGCAGCCUUAUUUUCUGAUUCAGACGAUAAUCCGCAGACUUCACGGGGGCAUCCUAGUUCAAAUUCUACCUCAGCACAAGCAAUUGACCACGGAUCCCAGCGCUGGGCAGUGGGUCUAUCUCCAAAUUUGACAAAUGGGGACAUCUGGCCGCCUGGUGGUGCCGACUUGCGUUUCCAUCUUCGAACCGUCAUCAUUGAUACCCUUGAGGACGCUUUCAAAAAGUCGCUCCGUCGACAAUUCGGUGAAGGGACUAUAACGCGAGUCAUAAGAGAGGCCGAACAUAGACUCGGAUUUGCCAUACGCGACCUGCCGACUGGGACAGGGAAGGAAGCCUGGCUUGAUCCAUCGUCGAUUGAAGCAUUGGAUUUUCUGUAUCUGGACUACCAACCUCCAAAGCCACUUGACGUGUUGAUUACGCCCGGCACUAUCUCCAAAUAUCACAGAAUGUUUGCCUUUCAAUUACGCCUAAUGCGAGUCCAUAGCGUAAUCGCGACCAUCUUUCGACUGACCCGCAAGGCAUCCCACCCGCUGUUUCCUACUUUGGCACGUUCGAACGAACUACUUAUUCAUUUCCGCUUCGUGACGCAUUCGUUCGUACUGUCACUGUCAAGUUACCUCUACGACAGGGUUAUCGCUGGUACAUUCGACGCCUUCUUGGACAAACUGCGACCUCCAUCACAAGAUGCGACUCCUUCGCGUUCACCGGCAUUCUCUGAUGUUUUCUCUUUGGCGGAAAGUCAUUCUCAAAUGAUGGAUGAUAUACUGAGUGCCUGUCUACUGCGCUCUGGUCAGAAGUCGGUUGGGGACCUGCUGCGCGGUUGUUUAGAUAUUGUGGUGGAAUUUGGCAUCCUUGCCGGAGAGCGUUACAUGGAUCGCCUGCCCGAGUAUCGAGCCGCAGUUGCACUGGAAAAUGUUUGGAAUCGCUUCAGGAAUCGGAUCUCAACCUUGGUGAAAGUAUUGAAGGCAUUAGUUCAGAAAGGCUCUGGGUAUUCUCAUCUGCCAGCUGGCCCACCUGAACCACACUUAUCGAACAACCUAGGUGAUCCCUCUCGUUAUUGGCAUGACUUGCUGACGAGACUGGACACGACGGACUGGUGGGAUGCCCUGUGA